AUGCUGUUGUCGAUCCGACCAAGUAUCGACACAGACGGCGGCAUGGCCGACAUCAGCUGCGAUGUUCCGUCCAACCUCAGCGACGAUGACGACGACGACGACGAGAUCAGCAUGAACGACAUCGAGUUCUCAGUCCACGAGACGGAGGCUGUGGUCCACGAGGAGCAGCAUCGCUCUGAUAGCUUUCGGAUCGACAUUGACGGACCCGAUCCAGCUAAGGCGGCAAGGAAGAGCAACGUUCUCGUGCGUCCGAGUCUCCCACCCAUCGGCAAGGUGAGACUUGGGAUAUCUGGUGCGGAAAACACCGACGAACCGCAAGCACUUGUCGAGCUGCGUCAACGAGUCGGUCAGGCGCCACGCGAUGUUUUGAGCUUGCUACCCAAGACAACAAUGACCGCCGAAUGCCAGGAAGCAAUCGCUAGACACGCUGAUACCGGCGAGGCGCUUGAUGAUCACGUACUGGAAGAGCUUCAACAAUUGCCAAGUGUUCUCCAAGGAGAUCCCGUGCCUCGACUCUCUCGUCAGUGCUACACUGGCGUCGAUACAAUGGCGACUUUGGGGCAAUUACUGAACUUCAGCACUCUCAAGGAACUACACGAGUCGCGAGCUCUGGAGUUUUGCUCGAACCCUCCCACCAGUUAUCACAAGUACGCGGCAUCCAACGCGCAGCCAUCGACGCUACGAGCUGCGGUAAUGGAGUGUACUCUUGCCACCGCGGAGUUUGCAACGCUACCGGAAAUGUUGGCUCUGUGGGAAUUAGUCCACAAUUCCAUAAACUUUCAAGUUCCUGCACCCACAACCCAGCAACUAUCUCCCCACGUUGAAUCCUACCUCCCUUCACAGGCGAACGCAGCUCUGGCGGCUCCCCUGCUUGUGGUAAAUGGAAAAGACAAGCAAAAAGAAGGUAGUGCUGGUGAUGAAGACGACGACAGCGGAGAUGACAAUGCCAUCUUUGACGCGUCUAAUGCCAAGGCUUCAGUGCAAAAACUUGCUGAUAAAGCGUUGGGAGCGGUGCAAAAGCGGAUGAGAACGGAUCGACCCGUACUGGCCUACCUCCCACCUCUGUUGCGUAUCGAGAUCAUGCGCGACUUCUUUCAGAUCACGGGUUUGUUCUUCUCGGGAAUGUACGGUCCAGUCUUCGAGUUUAUCCACCGCUUUCGUCCGUCGAGUUGGAUUCUAGCGACUCUGAAAUGGCUGAGGAAUAUCUACAACAUCGGCACGGGCUUCUUCCUGGGAGGGAUAUUGCUGGUGCACGGACUCUUCAUCAUGGUGGUGGUCAGAUACUGGUGGACAAUGCCCCGUACCGCAGACAAAGUUCGCCACGGCCACGAAGCCACCACUUGGUCGAUGCUGGCGACGCAGAACCCUCGAGCAGCCAAGUUAGCGACGCUGUUCCUCACCUACUGCCUCACAAUCUACCUCCCGCUCACUCAACUCGCCUACAAGGUGCUGGCUGUGACCAACAAGGGCAGCGAUGGAGAAGGGGUCAAGCUGAACAAGUUCAUGCAGCAAUUCCGCGACGGUCCUUGGUGGUUCUUGUUCCCGUUCGAAGCUGUGCUGAUCCUCCUAACCUUCUCGUUAUCCCUGCCCCUCUUGUUGAUCUGGUCGAUCCGGAAGAACCGACCCACGGGGUCGAUCGAGAACGAGGACGUCGCGUACAAUUUGGACGGGGAUCCCGUCAAAUUCGACGAUAAAAUCUACACCAAGCUCAUAUCUAACGACCCGAACCAGCUCGAUUGCCCAUACCGAUCGCUCUAUGCAGGCUUUGAGCGCAACUGGAGCACGUACAAGGUGACGCAAAUGGUGGCUAAAAUCUUGAUCGCUAUGAUCGUCGUGUCCGCUGGACAGUCUGUGGAGGUCGGUGGCACAUUGAUCAGUGGGUUUUACUUCGGGGUUGUGAUACUUUCCCAGUACAGCCAGCCCUUCAUCAGCGCGUUCGACGACAAGAUGGAGCUGCUGUCCAAGUUCACAGCGCUGAUGACUGCGAUCGGGGCGACGGCGGUGGACUACGCGAAGAACAACAACUGGAUCUGGAACCCCGACCGCGCGCUUCGCUUCAUGGGCUUCGUCGUGGCUGUGCAUGCGACGCUGAUGGGGCUGCUGGGGGAUGAGUCGUUCCGGGUUCGAGUUAAACAAGUGCUAGGUCGGCUUUCGUUCAGCGAUACUUCCUGCGGAGUAGUGGACGCACGAGCGAAGGACGUGGUCAUGCGGUGGAAUGUGGAGAACGAGGCGAAGCACCGCGUGUGGCAGGCGUUUUGGCGUGCGCUUCUCCUUGAGAUGGCUACACGACACGAGAACAUUGCUGAGGAUCAAGACCAGAUUCAACUGUCGGACGAAGCCGGAGACGUCAGAAGCACCGAACGACUUGCACAGCUGGAAGACGCCGUCAUUGCAUCUGGAUUGGAGCGUAUAAAGACUCACUGUAUUGGAGAAGAGGACAAGUACACAGCGCAGCUCCGUCGUCUGGCUCGUGUGGCGCUUGAGGGCGUCGACGUCUUCUGGAACAAUCCUCUCGGAGCGCGAGACGGCCACAUCGACUCGGUCUCGUGCUUCGGCAAGAUGUACGUCGUGCCGUAUCCCUUCCACUGCGUCGUAGUGUAUGAUGAUGCAGAUAAUGAAGCUGUUCGGGAGCUACGGCAGAAAUUGCGGGUACUGAGUGACACAGCAACGGAGGUGAACUUCCCGUUCUCGCGUACCGAGAAGGUGUUCGUUUGGUUCAAGUUCCGAGGGUGGAAGAAGAAGUGGGUGGUCAAGACUAAACAACACGUUUUAGGGAUCAUCCAGAACAAAAACGUACAGCGCGUCAAGAAUCAGGUACUAAAACUCGCAGAGAUGGAGGAGCUGGGCGCUUCUGCUCAAACUACGAGUAUUAAACGGGUCAUGGCGGAUGGUUUCAACGUGACGAUGGAGUACGCUGACGGAGAAGGUGUGGUUUUACUCGCUGGAUAUGAAGAAUACGAGGAUAUCGUGCAUGAAUUCCCGGUUAGUGGUCCUCGCAAGGCGGUAAUGAGGUCUGAUCACAUCGGCCUCAAGCCGUCAAUGGAAGAAAGCGCGAAGUUGCACGAGAUCUUCGAGAGCACACGAACGCUGUGGGAACCUGGUCUGGCCAAGCUACGCCAGCAACACCAACACUACCGUCACAAUCUUGCCGAAAUUCAUGUCAACCAAAGUGCGGCUCUAAGCGAUGGGUUCUGGUUUUACGUGUACAACAACGCGCGCCUUCCCCGACGUGAGCUUGAGCGGUAUCUACGCGAGCGCGAGUCCAACCCGUUGCUGAGAAGCUUACCAGAGACACACACUGAAGAACUGGAAGCGUUGUACCGCCAACAGAAGUGGGUAUUCCGAGACCCGCGCACUACGUGUUGGUACGUGUUCUGGGACGACGUCUAUGCGUGCAACUCGGACAUGAAAUACCUGGAUCCUCAGGACUUCGAUCCUACCGAGUCCACAGCUAUCUGCAACCAAGAGCCUAUGAGUCGACAGGAUCUUGAAAAUUGGUUGCGAAAGCGGAAUUUGCUCAAGAAGUACCGCCUUUUCCACGCCGCCGUGCUUGACCUGCUCUACGCAAAACUUGACGAAUGUACUCGGGAAAGCUCACAGCGACAAUAA